AUGGCACAGCCGUCUCCUUGUGCAUCACCGGGCGUUCGUCGUCGUAGCGACGGCUCGGUGAGAGAGUGUCUAUUUUUCCCCGUUUUGGAACGGAACGAACAGGAGAGACUAGAGGCCCUGGUGAGAAGACGGGAGAGAGGGGGAGAGAGGGAGAGACAGAUGGGGGAGGACAGCAGAGACUCUAUGGAGAACAGGCCUAAACGCUGGACCUGGGGAGGACCGCCUGGAGGGGGAGAGGGUGAGUACACUGGGGAGAAGGAGGGUGGGGGGCAUGGGGGUCAAACGGGAGGGAGAGACAGGGAGGGGAGAGAUUGACAGGAGGGUAUGGAGGUUUAGGAGGUAUGGGAUGAUGUGUGUGAGGGGGGACAAAGGAAGAGAGAGAGGAGAGGAGUUGAUGGGAUGUGUUCAGGAUGGGGGAAAGGGUGGGGACAGUUUAGGACAGCUACAAGGAAAAGGAAACUAGAGAAGUGAGGGGAGGAAUGUAUGAAGAGGAAGAUGACGGGGGCAGGUGGAUGAGAGAUAGAUUAGACAGAUAAAGGACAAGAGAAACGAGGGGUGACAGAGGGAGGACAGAGACCAGAGAGAGAGAUAGAGAGGGGGAGGACAGAGAGAGGAAAAGGGUGUGGAGGCUGCAAUGCAGGGAGGACAACGCUUUGUCAUAAACUCAUCAGCUUGGGAGAGGCUGGUGUGUGUGUGUGUGGGCCAAUAGUAUUAUGGCUCAUAACAUUGCUCUGUGAUGAUAAGAGAAUUCUGUCUGUGUCACUGUGGUUUAUCCUGCUGUUACAGGUGUGAGUUUAGCUGAGGAAUCCUGUGUGUGUUGGGUAUAUCUCUCUUUCUGUGAAAUGCUGCUACCCUACCUCAGUAGUGUGCGUGUUUGAAUGCGUGCGUGUCUGAUGUUGUUCACUACUGAGGUGAGCAUUGGUGCGUUGGGAAACAGGCCUGAUUCCUGGGAGGGGCCUGAAAUACGUAUCUAACCUUGACACACACAUACAUACACACACACACACACACACACUGACAGGAUAUUUACUGCGUAUGUAAACACCCAUUGUUGUGUUAGUGUCUGUCUCUCUCUCUACACACGCACACACACACACCCUCGUCAUCUGUCUAGGCCUACUGUUAUGGCUAAGGGUAUUAUAGGAUUUGUAUCUUUAUCUGUGUAUUUUCAUGGUAUGUGCGUGCCUGUGUAUGUGUGUUUAUUUGUUUUCAGCGAUGAUGCUCCCAUCAGUGAGCAGUACCAGAGCAGUAACCAGACUCUGUGACGCAUUCAUAAUGCCAUCAAUUAUUCACACAGGCUUAGGAUGAAGUGGAGAAUCGGCCCCUUAUAGAAUACCUAGGUUACUACAUUCUUCAACAAUACCUUAUAGAAUCCUACAGAAUAGCGGCUCUAGAAUGCAAACCCUUGUAAAAUCUGGAGUGUCAGCACCCAUUCUAUUCUUCUUCAAUUACUGAUCUAAACAUCACUAUAUAUCACUGGGGUUCUAACCUGUGGAUGGAUGGUAGAUCUGAACUGAGAUCAGUUGAUGCUGCAGCUUGCAGGGUAUCAGCUUCACAGCGCCAGUCUGACUGCAGUGCACCGCGUGUGUCAGAGACUCAUAGGUGUGUGCGUGUAUACAAUUGCGCCACAUAGGUGUGUGUUUGUGUACGCAGUACGUAUGUGAGUAUAAAUGCGACACUCAGGUGUGCGUAUGAUUGUUACGCCCAGGUGCGUGUGUAACGCUUUGCUUUCUCCGCUCUGCCACACCUGCUACCAGGUAACCCUAAGACCCCGCCCUCUCAUGCUAUUGGCUCAGCUCUGCCUAAUCAUCCCGCCUCCGCUGCCAGCCCCAACCAAUCCAGGAACGGUACAGACCACCUGACACCCUUAGUGUGAUCUGCUGCCUGCAUGUGUGUGUAUAUACCGUGCAUGUGUGCUGUUGGUGUGUGGCUGCAUGCGUGUUGUGGUUUGUGUUGCCAGUCCAAGACUGUUAUUCCCUCUUCUGGGCAAUAAAGUAUUACAUUGUAUUAUAUUUUAUUCUAUUGUCCGUAUUCACAAUAAUGUUUAUGUAUUUUUAUAUGUUUUUUGGCCCAAGUAGCCUAUGUCCUAUCUGAUUGGUAUGCUAUGUGUUUUGCAGUGAGUUCUGCUGCCUUCCUGCAUGGGAGUGUCUGUGUGUUUCUGAAUAUGGUUAUGGUUGUGUUCACCACAAAUUAUGUAAAUGUGUGCAUGUGUUUGUUGUCUCCCUUUGGUCUUUGGGGUCCAUCAGCACCCCCUCCUUGCCCAAUCAGAACAAAUAGUUUAUGUACUUCCUGUCUGUCUGGCCUAUGGCGACACUCGUUGAUGCACACACAGUGUUCACAGUAGGGGGUUCAACUAACCCCCCCCUUCAACAGACUGCCCCUGCAGCAGUCUAACCACACACACACACACUCAUUAAAACCCUCCUCUCUCCUUUGUGCUAGACGGUCUGUGUGUGUAUCCAUGUGUAUCCAUGUAAAUAUGGAACAUGCAUUAGUCUCUUUCUACACAAGACUGAAGUCAAACUGAAGCCCAAUCAGUGUGUGUUUGGUGGGAUUGGUGGUUUGGUGUGUGUGAAUUUGUGGCAUAGUUGUGUGUUUUAGACAGUGAUUGUGUUGUGUUUUAUUAGUUGAAUGGUCUGUUCACUAACUGGAGUGACAUUUUAGUUUGAGUGUUCCAAUGGUGUGUGUUUGUAAGGUGUGUUGUGUUGUGUGUCUCUUAUUUGUGUGUAAUGUGAUUUGUGUCACUGUUGCUCCAGGUACAAGUUGCCCCUAACCACAGAUAGACAUAUCUGACUUUAGCUAUUUUCUCUACCCACCUCCCUGACGUGUGCACUCAUCCCUCUCUCAUUCUCAUUGAUGUGAAGAUUGGUGUAAGCAUAAAUGAGUUCCCAUCAUAUUUCAGUCCAUUCCUAACUAUCCCCAUGAGGGGAAGUGAAUGACUGCACACUUCAAGGAUAAGGGCAGAUCAUGUGAAUUCAGUAUUAGUAUUAGUGGUAAAAGACGACUCGUACCUCUUUCUGUCCCUCUGGGGUGGAAUGUCUGACUCUUUGUCCCAUCAUGCAUCUCUCUGCAGUGAGUGACUUCCUGACACCGCCCUCCUCGGACCAGCCAAUCACCAAACGCCUCUCCAACUCUUCAGCCUCCCUGCACUCACCAGAUAGAGGUGUGUGUGCGUGCGCGUGUGAGUGUGUGUGUGUGUUCGAGUCGAUUCAUGAGGACGUGUGUAGUGUUGCCAAGCAACAGUAUAUAAUAUGACUAUCUUUUAUGUAUUUCUCUGCACCCCUCUGUGUGUGUGUCUCUUUGUUUUCUGUCUCUCUGUCUGUGCUAUGAUGAUGCAUUGUGUGGUGUGUCCUCUCGUUUAGCAUUCCCAAGCCCCCAGCGGCCGGCCUACAAAGGUUCCCCCUCCAGGAAGACCAGUAAUGGACCCCCGGAGGACAAGACCCCCAAAACACCCACAGUCGGUACCAUGUGUGUUUGUACAUGCAUUUAUAUUACCACAUUAGAACUCUGAGCAAAACCUCACUUCUUCUGUUGUAUUUUUAGACAGAGAGAGGCCCUGCCCCCUGUCUGACUGACUCUUCAAUGAGACGCCUUGAAUCUCCGACCACUCCGACCCGAAGCUCCUCCCCCAGAGCCCAGAGCAAAGGACUGGGCACGCCCAAAAGGUACAGCAACGUGCAGUAGCACACACACAUAGGUUAUCUGAGCAUUGUGGGAGUUUUGUGGACCGUUGCUGAAUAAGGCUGUAACGUAUUAGUUCCUAUGCCACCAUGAUAUACAAUAAGGCCUUGACAACAAAAGACAAGUCACACAGUGGCGGAAUAAAUUAAACUACACAUAUGUUUGUUUUAUCACAAAACUGGAGAGCAACAUCUGUCUGGUGAAGUCCACAAAGCAAAUAUUGCAUGUAACAAACAGUCACAGUGCCUUCGGAAAGUAUUCAGACACCUUGACUUUUCCCACGCUUUGUUACGUUACAGCCUUAUUCAAAAAUGAAUUAAAUAAAUAAAAAAUCCUCAGCAAUCUACACACAAUAGCCCAUAAGUACAAAGCGAAAACAGGCGUAUUAAAAAUAAAAAACAGAAAUACCUUAUUUACAUAAGUAUUCAGACCCUUUGCUAUGAGACUCCAAAUUGAGGUCAAGUGCAUCCUGUUUCCAUUGAUCAUCCUUGAGAUGUUUCUACAACUUGAUUGGAGUCCACCUGUGGUAAAUUCAAUUGAUUGGACAUGAUUUGGAAAGGCACACCUGUCUAUAUUAGGUGCCACAGUUGACAGUGCAUGUCAGAGCAAAAACCAAGCCAUGAGGUCGAAGGAAUUGUCCGUAGAGUUCCGAGACAGGAUUGUGCCGAGGCACAGAUCUGGGGAAGGGUACCAAACAAUAUCUGCAGCAUUGAAGGUCCCAGUGGCCUCCAUUAUUCUUAAAUGGAAGAAGUUUGGAACCACCAAGACCUGGCACCAUUCCUACGGUGAAGCAUAGUAGUGGCAGUAUUAUCCUGUGGGGAUGUUUUUCAGCGGCAGGGACUGGGAGACUAGUCAGGAUCGAGGCAAAGAUGAAUGGAGCAAAGUACAGAGAGUUCCUUGAUGAAAACCUGCUCCAGAGCGCUCAGGACCUCAGACUGGGGCGAAGGUUCACCUUGCAACAGGACAAUGACCCUAAGCACACAGCCAAGACAACGCAGGAGUGGCUUCAGGACAAGUCUCAGAAUGUCCUUGAGUGGCCCAGCCAGAGCCCGGACUUGAACCCGGUCGAACAUCUCUGGAGAGACCAGAAAAUAGCUGUGCAGCAACGCUCACCAUCCAACCUGACAGAGCUUGAGAGGAUCUGCAGAGAAGAAUGGGAGAAACUCCUCAAAUACAGAUGUGCCAAGCUUGUAGCGUCAUACCCAAGAAGACGCGAGGCUGUAAUCGCUGCCAAAGGUGCUUCAACAAAGUACUGAGUAAAGGGUCUGAAUACUUAUGUAAAUGUGAUAUUUCCGGCUUUUUUUGUUUUAUAAAUUAGCAAACAUUUCUGAAAACCUGUUUUUGCGUUGUCAUUAUGGGGUAUUGUGUGGGUAAAAUUCAUGAGGGAAAAAAACAAUUUAAUCAAUUUUAGAAUAAGGCUGUAACCUAACAAAAUGUGGAAAAAGUCAAGGAGUCUGAAUACUUUCCAAUGGCACUGUAUAUGACCUGCAGCAUGGUCAAGCAAGUUAAUGUUUUGGACAGUUUACUAAACAACUACUGAGUUACCACAAGUCAGCACAAAGACAACAGGAGAACUGCCUCCAGUAUUCCAGCACCAUUUCAACUUAAACAUUUAAAUAUCAUCAGAUCAACAAGGCAAUAUAUGCUUAGUUUAAUACAAUGAAAACUAACUUAAAGACAAUUUAGUCCAAUCAAUGUUGCUAAACAUCAUGUGGCUGUCCAUGGUACUGAUUUGUGUGUGUGUGUGUGUGUGUGUGUGUGUGUGUGUGUGUGUGUGUGUGUGUGUGUGUGUGUGUGUGUGUGUGUGUGUGUGUGUGUGUGUGCGUGCACCCUACUUGUAGACUAGUUGAACGCCAAUGCCAUCCUCCUCUCUUUCAUGUUGGCAAAACGGUCUAGGCUCUGUCAUACAGUACACUUUUAGUUUUUGUUGUCAUAGGCUACCUAGCUAAAAUGUUUGCUAGCCUAACUUCCUCGCAUGGGCAACAAUGAACCAGCUAAGUUAGCUAGCUAGUUAACAUGAGCCUACUAGGCUACAUCUAGGCUACAUAUUGAACUUCGAUCGUCUCAGGCCAGUGGUACAACAUAUUAAUUUAUGGUUAGAUCAGAAUCGCCGUCACAAUCACUGGCCUGUACAGAGAAUUAAGUCAAAAUCACAAGUCCAAAUCCCCAUCUCCAUCCAUGCUUAGGAAAGGGACGAUUUAGCAAGCUAGCUACUGCAGGACAUCAACUGAAGUAGACCAGAAACACACUGAAAAUGAGGUUUUGCUUAGGAAGUUAUUUGAUUGGUGUGAAGCCAAAUCCAAACUGGCCUCCCUUGGGGGCGUUUUGCUGCACCAGGACAAACCACAGUUGAGCUCAGCUCAACGCUGAUUGGCUAACUAUGUUAUACUUUUUUUAUCAAGGGAGGCCAAAUGCUUGCUGGCAUCAAUCAAUCAAAUGGUACUGCGGCAACAUGUUACACUCUUUUGGUUCAGACAGCAUCAGAUACAUGGGUUACACAUACUGAGACAGAGGGGCGCUGUUUCCCUCACUUGGAUGAUUUCUCCGGUGAGAUUGAGCCACUCACGAAUCAAUGGAAAAGUAUUAUUUUUAUUUUUAUUGGUCAAAUAUUUGGGGAAGCCUGGCUUCCCCUGAAUUAAAGUUCAUUGUUAUUACAGGGUGAGGUCGACUAAGAGUCGCGCCCAGUCCCCCUGCUCUCCGGGACAGUACCCUCCCUCCCCCAUCCGCCAGCGACCCCCGGUAACCGAGGGCAACCAGGAGGCCAGGGGUCAUGGAACCCUGGAGAGGAAGUCCUCUAAGCUGGACACCCCAGAGAAGAAGAUCUCCAAGUCCUCCAGCAGAGACCUGGCGGCAGGUAGGGUGUGGGUGUGUGUGUGUGUGUGUGUGUGUGUGUGUGUGUGUGUGUGUGUGUGUGUGUGUGUGUGUGUGUGUGUGUGUGUGUGUGUGUGUGUGUGUGUGUGGGCAGUUAGAGAGAUGACAGAGUGAUGAUCAGUGAGCUCAGAACUCACCACUGAUAUGUUCUGCCCUUGAGAGGAGAGAGAGGGGGAUGGAGAUAGAGAGGUCUGUAACCUGAGCCACCCUAGACGAUAGGAGAGAACAGAACGCUUUAAAAGAAAACUGCUUUCAUCAGUGUCUGCUAUACACCAGUCAUCUCUGUCUCUGUCCCUCUCCCCAACCACUCCCCUCCCUGCCUCCAUCCCUCCUCUCAGAGUCUCCAGGUACGCCCACAGGCAGGACCGUUGCCGGGACAAUGGAUGCGGAGGAGGCGUCUAGACUGUUGGCUGAGAGGCGGCGUCUGGCCAGAGUACAGAAAGAACAGGAGGACAAACUACGACAGGAGGAGGAGAGGUGUGUGUGUGUGUGUGUGUAUGUGUGUGUGUUGAGUAUUUGUAUAGAGCAGGGUUCCCCAACUGGCGGCCCGAAUUUAGCUCGCACGUGAUUUUAUUUGCACCCCCCCCCCCCCCCCCACAAUGUUUUCUGAGCAAAAAAGCAAACAAACCAUUUUUAACUUUUUUUAUUGUUGGACAUAAAAAUGUGGUCCUCUGUAGCUCAGCUGGUAGAGCAUGGCGCUUGUAACGCCAAGGUAGUGGGUUCGAACCCCGGGACCACCCAUACACAAAAUAAAAUGUAUGCACGCAUGACUGUAAGUCGCUUUGGAUAAAAGCGUCUGCUAAAUGGCAUAUUAUUAUUAUUAUAAAAACACCUGCAAAUCAGCUCCAAGUGAUUUUAAUUUUGGAAAACUGUUCCAAAGUAUUCCAACGCAUAAUAGAAAGAUAUAUGUGAUUGUAUACAAAUGUAAGCAAGGUUUGAAAUUAUUAUGUUUUAGCCAGAUAUUAUAUCUGUUUGGGCUUCUUGCGGUCAAUUUGCAGUCUACAAAUUAUUUGUAAUUAUGUUCCGGCCCCCUGACCAGCCCCUCAAGAAGAAAUCGGCUCGCAGCUUUAUCUAGUUGAUGAUCCCUGGUACAUGUACAGUGGGGGAAAAAAGUAUUUAGUCAGCCACCAAUUGUGCAAGUUCUCCCACUUAAAAAGAUGAGAGAGGCCUGUAAUUUUCAUCAUAGGUACACGUCAACUAUGACAGACAAAACGAGAAUUUUUUUCUCCAGAAAAUCACAUUGUAGGAUUUUUUAUGAAUUUAUUUGCAAAUUAUGGUGGAAAAUAAGUAUUUGGUCAAUAACAAAAGUUUCUCGAUACUUUGUUAUAUACCCUUUGUUGGCAAUGACACAGGUCAAACGUUUUCUGUAAGUCUUCACAAGGUUGCAGAUCUCCUCUAGAGCAGUGAUGUUUUGGGGCUGUCGCUGGGAAACACGAACUUUCAACUCCCUCCAAAGAUUUUCUAUGGGGUUGAGAUCUGGAGACUGGCUAGGCCACUCCAGGACCUUGAAAUGCUUCUUACGAAGCCACUCCUUCGUUGCCCGGGCGGUGUGUUUGGGAUCAUUGUCAUGCUGAAAGACCCAGCCACGUUUCAUCUUCAAUGCCCUUGCUGAUGGAAGGAGGUUUUCACUCAAAAUCUCACGAUACAUGGCCCCAUUCAUUCUUUCCUUUACACGGAUCAGUCGUCCUAGUCCCUUUGCAGAAAAACUGCCCCAAAGCAUGAUGUUUCCACCCCCAUGCUUUACAGUAGGUAUGGUGUUCUUUGGAUGCAACUCAGCAUUCUUUGACCUCCAAACACGACGAGUUGAGUUUUUACCAAAAAGUUAUAUUUUGGUGUCAUCUGACCAUAUGACAUUCUCCCAAUCCUCUUCUGGAUCAUCCAAAUGCACUCUAGCAAACUUCAGACGGGCCUGGACAUGUACUGGCUUAAGCAGGGGGACACGUCUGGCACUGCAGGAUUUGAGUCCCUGGCGGCGUAGUGUGUUACUGAUGGUAGGCUUUGUUACUUUGGUCCCAGCUCUCUGCAGGUCAUUCACUAGGUCCCCCCGUGUGGUUCUGGGAUUUUUGCUCACCGUUCUUGUGAUCAUUUUGACCCCACGGGGUGAGAUCUUACGUGGAGCCCAAGAUCGAGGGAGCCAAGGUAGUGGGUUCGAUCCCCGGGACCACCCAUACACAAAAAUGUAUGCACGCACGACUGUAAGUCGCUUUGGAUAAAAGCGUCUGCUAAAUGGCAUAUUAUAUUUAUAUUAUUAUAUUAUCAGUGGUCUUGUAUGUCUUCCAUUUCCUAAUAAUUGCUCCCACAGUUGAUUUCUUCAAACCAAGCUGCUUACCUAUUGCAGAUUCAGUCUUCCCAGCCUGGUGCAGGUCCACAAUUUUGUUUCUGGUGUCCUUUGACAGCUCUUUGGUCUUGGCCAUAGUGGAGUUUGGAGUGUGACUGUUUGAGGUUGUGGACAGGUGUAUUUUAUACUGAUAACAAGUUCAAACAGGUGCCAUUAAUACAGGUAACAAGUGGAGGACAGAGGAGCCUCUUAAAGAAGAAGUUACAGGUCUGUGAGAGCCAGAAAUCUUGCUUGUUUGUAGGUGACCAAAUACUUAUUUUCCACCAUAAUUUGCAAAUAAAUUCAUUAAAAAUCCUACAAUGUGAUUUUCUGGAGAAUAAAAAUCUCAAUUUGUCUGUCAUAGUUGACAUGUACCUAUGAUGAAAAUUACAGGCCUCUCUCAUCUUUUUAAGUGGGAGAACUUGCACAAUUGGUGGCUGACUAAAUACUUUUUUCCCCCACUGUAUAUAUUGUCAGGCCAGGAGGAUGACCAGAAGGAUGUGGGUAUUUAGAGUGUAUAAGGUGUGUGUGUGUUUUCUCACUGUGUGUGUGUGUGUGUGUGUGUGUGUGUGUGUGUGUGUGUGUGUGUGUGCAGGCUGAGAGCAGAGGAGGAGCAGAGGAGAGAGCAGGAGGCACGGGAGUGGCAGGCGAGAGAGGCACAACAAGCGGAGGAGGAGAGAGAGAGAUGGGAGGAGGAGAGGAAGACCAGAGAGGACGAGGAGAGAAGGACAAAGGAGAGACGCUGGAAAGACAUGCAGGAUCAGCUGGACCGAGAGGUCAGGGGUCAGGGGUCUCAGGGGUUAAAUGUCAAACUAAGAGGCAUUAUUGCAGCAUGUAGGCCUGUCUAAGAUGUCUAAUGACAGAUAGUCAAUAGAUAUACAGUAUAUCUCCAAGGCCAUGUUGCUAGCAGUUUCAAAUCGAUGUGGUUUAUAUAUAUGGGUCUAUCUGCUACAUUGUGCUUUUAGCCUUGAAAAAAAGAAACUCCCUACUUCUGCUGAUCUCAUGCAAUCUGACCCAACAUAUUAUGUCUGACCCACAGCUUCCUUAGUCUUCUCAGUUCAGGGAAUGAAUGUUUUGCAUGUUUUUGUGUUUGUGUGUGUGCAGAGAGAGGAGGCGUGUCUGCGUGCUCACAGGGAGGUGGAGAGGAAGAGGCAGGAGAGAGAACUGUUGCAGCUACAGGAGGAGCAGGAGAGACUGCAGAGGAAGAAGGUUAACACCCCCCCCCCCCCCCCCCCCCCCCACUCCCCCCCCACCCCCAGAAUACGCUGCCAUUUAAGCUGUUUUCCUAAACUCCUGCGUGUGUGUGUGUGUGUGUGUGCGUGUGUGUGUGUGUGUGUGUGUGUGUGUGUGUGUGUGUGUGUGUCCACAGCGGAUUGAGGAGAUCAUGAAGAGGACACGUAAGAGUGAGACGGACUCCUCAUCCCCAGGUAUAAACAAACACAGCAUGCGCGCACACACACACACACACACACACACACACACACACACACACACACACACACACACACACACACAGGGUGUACUGUCUGCAGGGUGACUCAGCAGACAGUGAGACGGCCAGGGUUAGAGCUCUCCCAUGUGGUGGAGAGGAUGGUCUGUUGGGUUGUAUUGUUUGUCUUACAGUAUGCAGUGGGGAAAAAAAGUUCUCCCACUUAAAAAGAUGAGAGAGGCCUGUCAUUUUCAUCAUAUGUACACGUCAACUAUGACAGACAAAUUGAGAUUUUUUUUUCAAGAAAAUCACAUUGUAGGAUUUUUUAUGAAUUUAUUUGCAAAUUAUGGUGGAAAAUAAGUAUUUGGUCACCUACAAACAAGCAAGAUUUCUGGCUCUCACAGACGUGUAACUUCUUCUUUAAGAGGCUCCUCUGUCCUCCACUCGUUACCUGUAUUAAUGGCACCUGUUUGAACUUGUUAUCAGUAUAAAAGACACCUGUCCACAACCUCAAACAGUCACACUCCAAACUCCACUAUGGCCAAGACCAAAGAGCUGUCAAAGGACACCAGAAACAAAAUUGUAGACCUGCACCAGGCUGGGAAGACUGAAUCUGCAAUAGGUAAGCAGCUUGGUUUGAAGAAAUCAACUGUGGGAGCAAUUAUUCGGAAAUGUAAGACAUACAAGACCACUGAUAAUCUCCCUCGAUCUGGGGCUCCACACAAGAUCUCACCCCGUGGGGUCAAAAUGAUCACAAGAACGGUGAGCAAAAAUCCCAGAACCACACGGGGGGACCUAGUGAAUGACCUGCAGAGAGCUGGUUCAAAGUAACAAAGCCUACCAUCAGUAACACACUACGCCGCCAGGGACUCAAAUCCUGCAGUGCCAGACGUGUCCCCCUGCUUAAGCCAGUACAUGUCCAGGCCCGUCUGAAGUUUUCUAGAGUGCAUUUGGAUGAUCCAGAAGAGGAUUGGGAGAAUGUCAUAUGGUCAGAUGAAACCAAAAUAGAACUUUUUGGUAAAAACUCAACUCGUCGUGUUUGGAGGACAAAGAAUGCUGAGUUGCAUCCAAAGAACACCAUACCUACUGUGAAGCAUGGGGGUGGAAACAUCAUGCUUUGGGGCAGUUUUUCUGCAAAGGGACCAGGACGACUGAUCCGUGUAAAGGAAAGAAUGAAUGGGGCCAUGUAUCGUGAGAUUUUGAGUGAAAACCUCCUUCCAUCAGCAAGGGCAUUGAAGAUGAAACGUGGCUGGGUCUUUCAGCAUGACAAUGAUCCCAAACACACCGCCUGGGCAACGAAGGAGUGGCUUCGUAAGAAGCAUUUCAAGGUCCUGGAGUGGCCUAGCCAGUCUCCAGAUCUCAACCCCAUAGAAAAUCUUUGGAGGGAGUUGAAAGUCUGUGUUGCCCAGCGACAGCCCCAAAACAUCACUGCUCUAGAGGAGAUCUGCAUGGAGGAAUGGGCCAAAAUACCAGCAACAGUGUGUGAAAACCUUGUGAAGACUUACAGAAAACGUUUGACCUGUGUCAUUGCCAACAAAGGGUAUAUUACAAAGUAUUGAGAAACUUUUGUUAUUGACCAAAUAUUUAUUUUCCACCAUAAUUUGCAAAUAAAUUCAUAAAAAAUCCUACAAUGUGAUUUUCUGGAUUUGUUUUUCUCAUUUUGUCUGUCAUAGUUGACAUGUACCUAUGAUGAAAAUUACAGGCCUCUCUCAUCUUUUUAAGUGGGAGAACUUGCACAAUUGGUGGCUGACUAAAUACUUUUUUCCCCCACUGUAUAUGACUCUUGACCAUUAAGGUUUUGAGUUACCAUUAAUAUGGUGUGUCUAAUCCUCUCCUCUCUCUCAGGUGUGUGUGAGGUGAACGGGGGCCAGGCAGGGCGUGUCAGGGAGUUGGAUCAGGAUGAGUCCCCCAUCAUCACGCUGGGACCCCUGGAGAGUAAGAGCUGUGGAGGGGACGAGCUGUCUGACGGGGUACAGUCUAUGGACGUCAGGUGAGCUGCACACACACACACACACACACACACACACACACACACACACACACACGUCCCCAUUUGUUAACACUCAUUUUGCGUAAUGUGUGUGUCUCCCCAGCCCAGUGUCCAGGGAUGAGUUGGGUAGCGUUCAGGAGUUCUCUCCUGUCAGCGAGAGGUUAAACAGCAUGAGUAACACCCGAACCCUAGAGCACCUCCUGGACCUCACCGCCCAGCCAGAAACGUCCCUCUACCCCAGGCUGCAGGCCGGCAGUGCUGCAGCCCUGGGAGACCUCAACAAGAACCUGCUGAUACAGGAUUAUAACCCUGCCUCCUUCACUAGCUCCUCCUCAAGCUCCUCCCAACUUCUCCACAGCCUCAGCCCUGGCAAACUGGACGUCUAGUAACCAGGUAACGUACUCACAAACGUGUGCAUGCGCACACACCACACACAUACUGUGUAUCACACAUGCUGUACAGCUCUGCUCUGAUAUGCAUUCUCCUCUUCCUCCAGGGCGUUGUGUAGGACUACUGGCUGUUGGGUGCAAAGAGGAGCUAGGAGCAGCAGGGGGGUCUCUCCUCUCCUCCCGCUUCCCCCCAUCAGAGAGAGAGAGACCAGCUCCCUGCACCUCCGCCCUCACCCCUCUUUAGGGGAGAGACCCUCCUAAUAAAAAUGGCCGAAACAGAGCAAAUGGAAUGGCAUCAAACACCUGGAAACCAUGUGUUUGAUGUAUUUGAUACCAUUCCACUGAUUCAGCUCCAGUCAUUACCACAAGCAAUUCUCCCCAAUUAAGGUGCCACCAACCUCCUGUGAACUCAACACAUCUACUGCUGAAUUCCUCCAUUCACACACAUUGACAUGUACACACACGGUUAAUACUC